UAAACUUAAUUUACUUUUUAAAAAUUAUAUAAAAAAACGGGCUCCAAAAGAGCAGAGAUAUUAUUAAUCAGCACAUUAAGAAAAGUAAAGUAAUUGAUAGUUUAUUUAUUUAUCUUUAUGUUUAACAAAUAUUAAAUACAAUUUAUAAAAAAAAAAAAAAAAAUGUAGCAAUAGAGCUGAACAAGAUGAGUUGUUAAGAUGUUGAAUAAGAACCAACGGUGUAUUUACAUCUAAUCUUUGCCCCUCCGGUCCUUGUUUAGGGCCACCAGCGCACGCCAAGACGCCACUGGAAUGGACAUCACCAGCCGCUGUACUCUGGGGGACCCCAACAAGCUCCCCGAGGGGGUUCCCCAGCCCGCACGCAUGCCCUACGUGUCAGACAAACACCCGCGGCAGACCCUGGAGGUGAUCAACCUGCUGAGAAAACACCGGGAGCUCUGUGACGUGGUGCUGGUGGUGGGCGCCAAGAAGAUUUACGCUCACCGCGUCAUCCUGUCGGCCUGCAGCCCUUACUUCAGGGCGAUGUUCACUGGGGAGCUGGCGGAGAGCAGGCAGACGGAAGUGGUCAUCCGCGACAUCGAUGAGAGAGCCAUGGAGCUGCUCAUUGACUUUGCGUACACGUCGCAGGUGACGGUAGAGGAGGGAAACGUCCAGACGCUGCUCCCCGCCGCCUGCCUCCUCCAGCUGGCUGAGAUCCAGGAGGCCUGCUGCGAGUUCCUCAAGAGGCAGCUGGAUCCCUCCAACUGUCUGGGCAUCAGGGCCUUCGCAGACACGCACUCCUGCCGCGAGCUGCUCCGCAUCGCAGACAAGUUCACCCAGCACAAUUUUCAGGAGGUGAUGGAAAGCGAGGAGUUCAUGCUGCUGCCCGCCAACCAACUGAUCGACAUCAUUUCCAGCGACGAGCUCAACGUGCGGAGCGAGGAGCAGGUUUUCAACGCCGUGAUGGCCUGGGUGAAGUACAGCAUCCAGGAGCGCAGACCACAGCUACCGCAGGUCCUGCAGCAUGUCCGUCUGCCGCUGCUCAGCCCCAAGUUCCUGGUGGGCACCGUUGGGUCAGACCCUCUCAUCAAGAGCGACGAGGAGUGCAGAGACCUGGUCGAUGAGGCUAAGAAUUACCUGCUGCUGCCGCAGGAGAGGCCACUGAUGCAGGGCCCCAGAACCCGGCCGAGGAAACCCAUCCGCUGUGGGGAGGUCCUCUUUGCAGUCGGCGGUUGGUGCAGCGGCGACGCCAUUUCUAGUGUGGAGCGCUACGACCCCCAGACCAACGAGUGGCGGAUGGUGGCGUCGAUGAGUAAGCGUCGAUGCGGAGUCGGCGUGAGCGUUCUGGACGACUUGCUGUACGCUGUGGGGGGUCACGACGGCUCGUCAUACCUCAACUCCGUGGAGCGAUAUGACCCAAAGACCAAUCAGUGGAGCAGUGACGUAGCCCCCACCAGCACGUGUCGUACCAGCGUAGGAGUGGCUGUCCUCGGUGGUUAUCUGUAUGCUGUAGGGGGACAGGACGGGGUUUCCUGUCUCAACAUCGUAGAAAGGUAUGAUCCCAAGGAGAACAAAUGGACUCGCGUGGCCUCCAUGAGCACCAGGCGGCUGGGUGUAGCUGUCGCUGUGCUGGGGGGCUUCCUGUACGCUGUCGGAGGGUCUGAUGGGACGUCACCAUUAAAUACAGUGGAACGCUACAACCCUCAAGAGAACCGCUGGCACACGGUGUCCCCCAUGGGAACCAGGAGGAAGCACCUGGGCUGCGCCGUCUACCAGGACAUGAUUUACUCCGUUGGAGGGAGAGACGACACCACGGAGCUGAGCAGCGCCGAGCGAUACAACCCCAGGACCAACCAGUGGUCUCCCGUGGUGGCCAUGACGUCCAGACGGAGCGGGGUGGGCUUGGCUGUGGUGAAUGGUCAGCUGAUGGCAGUGGGAGGCUUCGAUGGGACGACGUAUCUCAAAACGAUAGAAGUCUACGACCCUGACGCCAACACAUGGAGGUUGUAUGGAGGAAUGAACUACCGCCGGCUAGGUGGGGGGGUGGGCGUCAUCAAAAUGACUCACUGUGAAUCUCACAUAUGGUAACACAACCCCUCACACACACACACACUCUCACACACACACUCACACACGCUCUCUCACACUUCUCCUCACGUUGCAAUGGAUGCCUCUCUCCACCGACACCUGUGCCUCUGAAAGAGACGCUGUAGUUGAAGCGAGGAUGAGAGAGACGUGGGGGAAGGGAGGGAGACGAGACGGAGAGAGGAACAAACUUUGAACUCUAGCUCAUCCCCAAACCCCCCCACACACACUCCAAGGUCAUCCACUUUGGGAUACCCUUGUUGUCUUCAUCGGUUGGACCACGGUCAGCAUGAAGUGCUCCGCAAGCCGAGGUCUACAAAUGUACCAUUAAGCUUCCAGUUUGGAGAGGACAGGCCUUUUCUCCUCUCACCCUCCGAGAGCAUCUCGGUCUGGACUGUUGGACUCACCGUCUGUUACGGAGCUCAACCUGCUGCUUGAGAUUAGUUUACGUUUCAGAGGUUGAAGACGUUCAAGCAUCGGCUCACUGCAAAUCAACCACCCGGGGAAGAAAUAUCAUUCUUUAGUUUUAACUUUAAAGUGUUCCUGACCAGCCUUCAACGAGUUAACAAAGAGAAGCCAGCGGACCAGCAAACGUUCUGUUCGUUGUGUGAGGUCGAUUACUUCCUGGAGACACAACAUUGCGUUACUGACUGUCGGAGGUAAAUCUACCCUCGCAUCCUUUUUUCUGCGUUGGGCUGUGAAGCAUGCAUCCUACUCUCUCGCACUGCUGCUGUGGUCACUGUUGUUACAUUAAGGUGUUUACAGGCUUAGAUGCUGACGAUGCGUCUUGAAGGAUCAUCUCAACCCGUCAGUGGAAAGAACUCGGACACCACAAUCACCAAGUGGUAUAGCAGGUUUUUUUUCGUUUUACUGUUGAUGCUAGAAAAGCCAUUGUCGCUCUUCUCCUGAUUGGCUUCGGUGACAAGUUUGAUUGACAGGUGGUUCAUCCAAUGGCCUGCCGAUUAAUUUUUUUUGUGAGAGCUUCCUCUGUUCUAAACAGCUCGUCAGGCGAUUCUGUUUCAACAACCCUGUCUCCUACAAAAUGGCGUUGCUAUGGAACUAAAUUCUCAAUUUCUUUUCGAGGGAAACAUAUUUUCUCAAAUUAAACAUCAAACCACAGUUUAACACCAUUCUGAAGAUUGAAACAAAACACAAGGUUUAGUCAGACUUCUGCGUUAUUAGAAAACUAUUUGAUGACAAAAGCCAAAGUAAUCCACCACCAGUUAUGUUUCCCCCAAAACGUAACUGACAGCACGGUUUCGUUGUAUUGGAACAUCGUUUUGAGGAGAAGAGGCUGUGUGUAAACAAGCCAUCUAUAGGAUUUUAUCAGACUAACCCUUCUAAAGCAAAGUGCCAUCAUUUUCCUUCCUAAUGAUCCAACAUGUUUAUCAGAGAAUGCAUGAGGUACUGAUUUGAACGUACUGAUUUGAAAUGCUAGAUUCCUUUUCCUGUUUCCAUAACAAGUGAGUUUAGAGCUCGGGUCAUAAAAUCACUAAGCACUGUUGGUGCUGAACACAGGAGCCAGUGAUCUGAUGUGGACUCACAGGAUUCCAGAUAAAAGUGUUCGGGUCCAACAUGAUGCACGGAAUCCGUUCAGUGUCGAAUUAACAAUCAGACAAACGUUGUUGAGACGGAGCUGAAGCUAUUUUUAUUCCAGCCAUCCGUUUAGAGUGCCGAUAUAUUUACCAAGGCUCAAGCUCAGUUCAGAGAUGUUGCCCUAAAACCGCUGGACUCAUUUAUUAUUACGAUUAUACGACCGCAUUCUCUCGCAAAAGGAAGUUUCACAAUUUAGCACUUUAAGAGAUUUCUUCUUUUUUUUCCCAUAAUAUCCCUGUUAACACAAAUCAGGGAGCUGUUUCCUCAUUUAAAUGGAGAAUCAAACCCAGUUCCUGCAUUUGAUGUCUGUCACAUGAUUAACACUUAUAGCAUCAAACCUGACCUCUUUCCUACAAGACAAAUGCAGUAGUAUAUUUACCCCAGUUUGUUGUUAAGAGAAUGUACCACAUGGAUGUCAUUCUUAACUGGAUAUGCAUUAAUAAAGUUCAGCUCAUGAGACUUUU